AUGGCUACGAAAUUUUCUUUGGAACAGUUGGCUUUGAUUGCCAUUUGCCUGGACGAGGAAGAACGGGAAAAUGAAGAGGAACGUCAACACCUCAAAAGAAAAAGAAUAUGGAUUCAUCCGAGUCUUUUAAAGAGAAAAACAGAAGGAGAAUUCUAUACGUUGUUACCUCAUUUAAUGGAAGAUGAAAAAAAGUUUCAUGGAUAUUUUCGUAUGAACACUGGUACGUUUGAGAUGAUACUUUCUAGAAUACAGAAAGAUAUCCAGAAAGAAGAUACAACAUUUCGUGAAGCAAUCACGCCAAGAGAGAAAUUAGUUGUAUGUCUUAGAUUUCUUGCAACGGGGGACUCAUACAAAACAAUUGCUUUCAGUUAUCGUUUAGGACACUCAACAGUACAAAAUAUAGUUAUAGAAGUGUGUAAUGCAAUUAACAACAAUUUGUUAUCAGAAUUUAUUCCAACACCAAAUCAAUGUGACUGGAAAAAAAUUUCAAAAGAUUUUUGGACAAUGUGGAAUUUUCCAAAUUGCCUCGGGGCACUAGACGGCAAACACGUAGUGAUCGAGUCCCCUGCUAAGAGUGGGUCUUUAUACUUUAAUUACAAAAAGACAUUUUCGAUAGUUUUAUUAGCUCUUGUAGAUGCUAACUAUCGUUUUAUUUCCGUGGACGUUGGGUCAUACGGUAAAAAUAGCGAUAGUGGAAUUUUUGGGAGUUCUAAACUUGGGAAAGCAUUAUAUAAAGGAAAAUUAAAUUUACCAGAUGAUGCUAAACUUCCAGGAAGUGAUAUUGUAGCUCCAUAUGUAAUUGUCGGGGACGAAGCGUUUCCACUAACAAAAAAUUUGAUGAGACCUUUUCCAGGAACACAGACACAUGAUAUUGAAAAAAGGAUAUUUAACUAUAGGUUAUCGCGUGCCAGAAGGUUAGUUGAGUGUGCCUUUGGAAUUCUUACUCAAACUUUUAGGUUUUAUACAAGAAGACUGAAAUCGGACCCCAACAAUGCUACUAGUAUAAUUUUAACCACAUGUAUACUUUAUAAUAUUAUACGAAAACAUAAAGCUAAUUUUGAUCUCGAUGAAACAUUUGAAUCUUCAAAUGAAAAUCGAAUCAUGAACUUAAAAAAACACGGAGGAAAUGCUCAAACAGAAGCAUUUAUAGUAAGAAAUAAUUUUAAACGUUUUUUUAAUUCACCAGCUGGGGCCGUGCCAUGGCAAAUGGAUAAAAUAUAA